CUCCUCGAAUCACCAAUUAAUUAAUUAUUCAUCAUAUACACCUCGUGCAGCGCAUAUAACCGCAAUGGGUUCCAACGCCCCAAAAUGUAAUGUUUGUUUGAUAGGAAGUGGCGGCGUCGGCACAAUCGGAUCCGUCGUCCUCGAAAACUCCGGGCGUGCUCAUGUGACCGCGGUUCUGCGUUCCAAGUACAAGAUAGUAAGUGAGAAAGGAUGGGAUAUCGAAUCUGUAGAUCACGGGACUUUGAAGGGAUGGAAGCCGAGCAGAAUUGUGGCGACGGUUUCUGAAGCUGCGUUGCCACCAUCCGGAGCCGAGGCCCAGCAAUAUGACUACGUGUUUGUGAGCACCAAGCAGCUUCCGGACAGCUACAGCGUCACUGAGCUUAUACGGCCCGUUGUGACACCCGGAGUUACGGCUAUCGUCCUCAUCCAGAAUGGCCUUGAUAUCGAGCUUCCCAUCAUUGAGGCCUUCCCAAAAAACACCGUUAUUUCCGGGGUCUCCGUGAUCGGGUCACGCACCGUGGGGGAGAAUGGAAUCGCCCAUAUUGGCAGCGAGAGGGUCAUCAUGGGCCCUCACUUCCAUGACGGCCUCGAUAGAGAGACUCAGAUCCGGCAAGCAACCGAGUUUGUUGCCAUGUAUGAUAGUGGCGGCCCGGGGAUUGUCAGCCUUGACCUGGACAUGCCCAAGGCGCGAUGGUACAAGCUACUGUGGAACGGCACAUUCAAUACACUCUGUGCCUUAAUGAAGAUGGAUGUUGGAGAAGUGCAGUCGUCCAAGGGGAGAGAGAGUCUUCUCGUCCCGAUGAUGCGGGAGCUAGUGGCAAUCGCGAAGGAGGAUGGCGUGGAGCUACCAGAAGCAGCAAUCCAGAAGUUGGCUUAUGGUUUGCCUGACGACUGCCCAUACCGGCCGAGCAUGCUGGUGGACGUCGAGCAGGGGCGUCUGAUGGAGAUUGAGGUUAUCCUGGGGAACGCACUGAAGAAGGCGGAGAAGUACGGAGUGUCUGCGCCUAAGUGCUCAACGGUGUAUGAGCUCUUAAAAAUGGAGCAGUGGAGGAUUCAGCAGGAUCUGUCAGGCGUGGUGAAGGCAAAACCUAGCAAAGUUGAUGGCACAUCCCUAUUUUAGAUAGAGAAGGCUGGUUUAGCUGUAGAAUAUACUUGAUGCUGAUAUCGAUAGCAUCCGCAAAUUUCGCGCUCAUUAGUCCCAUAAAACGAGACACCCGGAGAACUCUCAUCAUCACAGAAAAGACACAAUAUUCGUCCUUUUACAUUCGAACUUUUGAUAACUAUCUGUACUGAAGGUUUGUAUUUGUUGAUCUAUAGUCUAGGUGUGGUCUAGGUCGGCGGAAAAAGUGUGGCCCGAGCUUUUGCCGGCCAGACGCGACAUGUCAUCAUGGUGGUGGCUGGAC